AUGUCUUAUCCAUUUGCUCCAGCGAAACCUCGCCGAAGACAUCAUAAUCACCGUCCACGCAACCCAGAAUACGGUCCAAAUUAUGGAUUCGGAGGUCCUAAUCUCAAUGGGCCUAUGUUGAUUCCUCCUAAUCGUCCGGGUGGUUUUGGUUAUCCACCAAAUGCGAAACCAAGCCGCCGAAGACAUCAUAAUCACCGUCCACGCAACCCAGAAUACGGUCCAAAUUAUGGAUUCGGAGGUCCUAAUCUCAAUGGGCCUAUGUUGAUUCCUCCUAAUCGUCCGGGUGGUUUUGGUUAUCCACCAAAUGGUAUGAUGCAUUCAAACGGUCCACAAAUAAGACCAGAACAUCUUCGCUAUAGAGCAGGAAGAAGCACUUAUCUUCCGAAUGGACAACCUGUUUAUAUUCCUAUGACAGGAGGCGAACUUAAUAAUACUACUGUUCUUCCCCAGUACGAUGCACCUGCCUUUAGUGUAAUAUCACCUAGUGUCGGCAUUGGUGUCCCAAUAUAA